AACUCUUGAGCUGCACACAGUAGGGGACAGAUCAUAGACUGGGACAGAUACACAGACUGUGAAUCCGGCUUCAGGUAUUUUGCAUGUCUCUCCGAUAAGACACCACCGUGUGGAUUUGUUGACACCUGAGCCCCGACGCGCACACCUGUCCGCGCACAAACACACACACACACACACACACACACACAAACACAUAGCCGAGACAAUGAUGGCGGACUGUGUCGGCUUCCAGGCGCAGAUUGCCUCGAUCAUAGAGAUACUGGCCAACUCUGCGGUGGCGGAGAUCUGUAAACUGGUUGACGAUGGCUUCGCGGCGCUGCGUUCCCAAAUGGAGCAGGAGCGCGACAAGAGCGAGAAGGAGAACGACGCGCUGCGGCAAAAGCUACGAGACAUGGACGUGAAGAUGAGGAGCUACCAGAGGAAGAUGAGGAGACGAAUUCAGCGGGAGGAGUUCAGGCCACCCGAAGGAACUGAUGACCAUCAGCCUCUGGUGUCUCUUCAUGCCUCCUCAGAAGAAAAAUCAAAGCACAGUGAAACCAAGGUGAUGCCGCUGGUGAAGCAGGAGAAAGUGGAAAGAGACAACUGCAACCUGGACCUCAAGGUGGAGGUGAACAUAAGCGCAGAGUGUGGCCUGUCAAAUGCCGUGGAGCCCAAUGAAGAUAUCCCCCAUGGUAAUGUUGGUGACACAAGUGUCAUCACCCCUUCUACCCCCUCCACCAACCAACCCUCUUCCUCUCCCACUGACUCCACAGUGGAUCUGACCUGCCAACCACGAACCAAACGUAAAGCCAUCGAGGCCCUGGGAAACAGUUUGGCAGGCAGCAGUGGGGGCCUCCCGGGCCCUGGAGCUGCUCGCAGGGAACUUGGAGUGAGCCUUACAGAUGGUGCUCUAAAGCCAGAGAUCCAGACAGAUGAUUGCAUGGAAGAAGAACUUCAUCUCUCUCAGCUGUCAGCCCCUGUAGCAUCAGAUGAGCCCAGCCCCGACCGCCUCCACAGCCUGGGCCUUGACCUGGUCUGGAUGCAGGAGAGGGUCAGCCAUCUUGGUGCAGCUUAUGCAGUAGCACAGUUAGGUUUGGGUAACACAGAAACUGGACACCCCUCUGCCUCCUUUCCCUCACAGGGAGGAGGAGACAUUUUAGAUUGCCCUCCAACUAUGCUUUUCACAGGUGGAUCUCAUGAAAUGGCUGCUUUUGCUGCUUCUUUUGACAUGGCAGCUGCAGCCACCACCGCUGCCGCUGUUGUCACUGCACCACCUCCACCCCCUCCCCGUUCAGCUCCUUCUGCCAUAACGACAAGCCAGAGGCGGCCUUAUAAGAGCGGUGCUACCUCUUCUACAGAUCCUGUGUCUUGUGCAGUUUGUGGUCGUCUUUUCCCAAGUGCAGCUGCCCUAGAGCUGCACCAGCCGAUGCACACAGGCGAGAGACCCUACACUUGCACCCACUGUGGAAAGGGCUUUGCCCAGCCCAACAACCUGCGGGUCCACCUCCUUAUCCACACCGGGGAGAGGCGUUAUCGAUGCACACUUUGUGGGAAGAGUUUCAUCUCAUCAAGCCACCUGAAGAGGCACCGCACAGUCCACACGCAGGAGAAGCCCUACAGCUGCUCGCGCUGUGGACAGUCCUUCAGCCAGAUGUGUAGUGUUCGCAGACACCGGCAGCAGUCCCAGUGUGGACUGUAGACUGGCCCCCGGAUGAGGUGGAUGCAAUCUUAGACUGAUCCCCACCUGAAGGGUAAUUCACUCAAAUCCCUUUAUAUGGGAAUUUAUGCAUCUUAUGUAAGCAUAAGCAAACAAGGGAAGGUUGUAUCCUGGGAUAUCAUGACAUGUAUAUUUUUCCUAGACCAUAGACGUCAUAUGUGAACUCUGUUUUAAGGUGGCUUUCCCUUUCAGACCCUCAACCUUUUCUUCCUCUAUGCCUCAGACAGAGGAUCGCAGAGUGUACUGUACAGGAGUGUCUCAGUGUUGACAUCACUUAAUCCAUCCUUCUAUCAUGAAAUGGUCAAGUUUAUGAAUGAACAUCCGGUUUACAUAACUUACUAUGGUGGUAUUUGAGUAAUGAGUUCACCUGUAAAAUUGACCAAAAAUACAGCAAAGUUUGACUACAAUUUAUUACAAAUAUCUUAUCUUGCCUUAUUCAACUGUGGUUUCAUAUUUCCAGACAGUUCCAGCUCUUUUGCCUGUUAAAUCACUCAGAAGUGUGCAAAGGGUUUUCAGUUUUUUCACUGGAAACGGGGGGGACAGGUUAGCUCAGUAAGCAGAGAAACAUCUACGCAUUCCAACAACUCUGAAGCUGCUUUUAUUUUAUGCAAUCAUCAUAUGUUGUGAUGAAAAAUGUGACAUCAGGAUCAAGUGGCUGUUCGUGAGCUGAGGGAUGACGGCACACAGUGUUGCUAAACUAUUGUCACAAUAUUUAUUUAUUCAUUCAUUUUAUUUUAAUUGCAAAGGACAAUGUACGAAAUAGAAUAUUAAUUUGCACAUGAUCUGUUGGACUAGAGUAAGAUUAAAGGUCAUCGGAAUAUGCCAAGUGACAGAAUAACACUAAACUAACAGGAAACAAUACAAAAUUACACACAAUGGUACAUCUUUCUCAUACGCACGCACACACACUCACAUACGUCUCUCUCUGAAUUUACCGUUUUUUUCCUUGUUAAAAGGGGUUUUAUUUAGGUCGUUUUUCCUCACUCUUGCUGAGGGUUACGGGCAGAGAAUAUCACACCUUGUAAGCCCUAUUGGAGAGAUUUUGAAUUGUGAAUAUGGGCUUUACAAAUAAUAUGUGAUUGAUAUGUAUUUAAGUUUUCACUUGAUACGAUGGUAGGAACUGCUACUUAGCGAGGGAUCUGAUAUCAGAUGGUAGUAAUGAUGAUGAUGCUACUCACAGCUGACUAGCUAAAACAACCUUACCAAACUAAUCUCUACGGAUCGAGCCAUGCAUGGAUUGCAAAGAAAGUAUUUUGGCCUUCGUAUCAAACUCAGCAGUGAUCCCACACACAUAAAUGUUUAGUUUUUGUUAUACAAAUUCCAAUUGAUUUCCUUCAUCAUUUUUACAAUGUCUUUUACCAUAUCUCUGAUCUACUCUCUUACAGUUACUGAGACAAACUAACACUGGAAAAAGAUUUGUCCACAGCAGCAUUAAGACUUCCUCAUAAAUUCCCCUUCUGAUAAAGGUUUCAGCCACUUAGAUAUGAUCUUACAUACUUAAAAACCUGCCUGUACAACAGAAUUCGUUCUUGUGAAAGCUGAAAAAUCUGGAUAUGACAGCUGUGUUUUGUUGUCCUUUACUCUGACACCCUGACAGACAUGUGAGUCUGUUAUUUUUAUUGCUGCAAAAAAAAUGUAGCUGUCAUUUUGUUUAUAUUUCUGAGUUUAUGUUUUUGUAUUUAUGAAUUGUCUCAUGAGUCUUUAUGCAGCCUGGAGGCUGGAGUUUCCUCAAAUCUGCUUAAUACUGUCUGAUAAAGCUAUAACUCUUUAUGCCAUCUGGUCAGACUUUCCACUUAUGGAAUGCUGGCUUAGUCAAAAUUGAAUGAAUGAAUUAAUAGGUAGAUAAAUAAAUAUGGCUAUGAAAUUAACCCUGAAAUAAAAAUAUAUGGCAAUAUA